UUUACAGCGGCGAUGCUGGCAGUUAUCAUACCAAUUGCGAUUCUCGUUGCCAUAGGAAUAGCCGCUUUACUAUUCUGGAUCUUCAAAGACAAAAUAAGAAAGAGACUUUGUCCGAAACAUGAACCAGCGGUACCAAUCAAACCAGUUGUUGAAGGGCCAAACCCUAUGAAUGUAAAAUACACCGGAAGCGGCGUCCCCUCCGAUGUGAAAGUACCAAAAGCUAUGCCUCCACCUUGGUUGAACACUGGUUGGUCUCCGUCUAACGAAAAGUUCCGUGGAAAUCUACCUAAUGAGCACAAUCCGAGGAACAAACUCCCGCCAAUAAUUCGCCCACCAGGUGUAGCCGGUACACCAAUGAAUAUGAAAUAUUCUGGAAAAUUACCGAAAGGAUCGAAUACAGGAAAUAUGGUAGAUUACCUUCUAAAAGAAGAGUUGGAGAUGAACAACAACUUGAACAAGAAAAAGCCAAAAACAAAAAAGAAUAGAAACAGUGUAAGUCCAACAGAAAUAUCACCGGAAACUACAGGAGAAAGAUCAGGAAGCAAAAAAUCUAAAAGGUUUAAGAAGGCAUUACUGGGAAUAAAAGCAAAACAAGGUUUCGAAUUGCCGCGUCAACAGAAUUAUUCACAGGAAGGUGUUUUCACACCAAAUCAAGAUUUUUACAGGCAUCCUAAUGGAAUGCAUGCAGUGAAUGGAACACCAAAUUUCAGCCAAACUGUUUCUGGGCCGUUUAUGUCGCCAAAUGGACAUUUACCCCCACUAAAUAACAAUAUAGGUUCAAGUUCACUUUAUAAUGGGCAACCUAACAUAAAGACAUUUGACCCGCGGGCCUCCUGGAGAACUGUUGGGUCGGUUGCUUCUGUAGCUGUUCAGCCGAAAGUUAGAAGACCUUCGGUAAUAGACAUUGCCUCAGUUGACGACCCUUUCGAUGUUGAACACACUGAGCUUGACAGUAACUGAUAUGAUAAAAAGUUUUAUAAACUCUUAUACACCACAUGAAUAUAAACUGA